CCCCAGAUCUGUUACAUUCUCCUUCACGCUCCUGCAUCGCCCUCAACUCAUCCUCACAUACUUCCACACUCUCUGGUGCAUCGUUCCUCACCUCGCCCCCUCCUCACAUAGAAACAGUGACCUAGGGCUGGCAGCCUGGAUUGACCCCUGACUAGUACCCGGUCGACCGAAGAACGGCUCAACAUGCCUGAGCCCACAAAGAAAGAUAACGGCCAACCUGAAGAGAAUUCUGUCCCUGCUGAUGCCCCAACUGAGAACUCUGUUGAAAUGACCCGAACAGCGGCAACCAAAGACACAGAGGCUAUAGUCACUAUCACAGAACCAGAGCCAGUGGUUUCCGAGGCAACAGUGCCCAUACCUACUGAGGUCCCUCAGCAACAGCCAAUAGUAAUUGAGGUGACUGAAAUAGAGACAAUAGUGGGAGAGGUCACAGAACCACAGCUAAUAGUGACAGAGCCUGUAGAGAAUGGCCAGAAGGAAUCAGAGCCAAUAGUGGCUAACAAUCCUGUCGAGGUGAGUGGGGUAAAUGAGAAGACCAGCACACCUCAACUGAUUGAUAAAGAUGAUGAUGUCACCGCCAGCACCCCAUCACCUCCACCUCUAGCAGAGGAUGGCAACGUACCCAAGAAACUUUCUAUUGACCUUCCUAAUGAUAGCGACCCUAAGUCAACCAGUGGGAGAAAAGACUCAGUGUGGUCUCUGGGGGAUGGACAGCCCCCUGAGGAUAUGGACAAGCAGGUUGACAGUCCGCCACUCUCAACUUUGUUGAUUGAAAAGCCGCAGGGUGGCUCCAUCACUGUAGGUGGAGAUAUCACCUUCAUUGCUAAGGUGGAGGCGAAAGACUUGCUUCGUAAGCCAACCGUCAAAUGGUUCAAGGGCAAAUGGAUGGAUCUGGCUAGCAAGACUGGGAAGCAUCUGCAGCUAAAAGAAUCUUUUGAUCGCUUAACGAAGGUACACACAUUUGAGAUGCACAUCAUCAAGGCGAAGGAGAAUUACGCAGGAAAUUACCGAUGUGAGGUCAACUACAAAGACAAAUUUGAUAGCUGCUCUUUCGACCUGGAGGUCAAAGAAAUCCCAGAGUCUCAGAACAUUGAUAUCCGCUCAGCAUUCAAAAGAAGCAGUGAAGGCCAAGAGGAUGCAGGCGAGCUUGACUUUAGUGGGCUUCUCAAACAUAGGGAAGUCAAGCAAGAUGAAACUCCUGAGGUUGACGUGUGGGAGAUUUUGAAAAACGCCCGACCAGAUCAAUAUGAGAAGAUUGCGUUUGAGUAUGGCAUCACUGAUCUCAGAGGCCUGCUGAAACGGCUCAAGAAAACCAAGAAGGUGGAGAAAAAGAGUGAAGCAUUUGCCAAGAGAUUAGAACCUGCAUAUCAGGCGGACAAAGGUGGAAAGAUCCGGUUAGUGGUGGACCUUGCCGACCCGACCGUGGAGUUAAAAUGGUACAAGAAUGGACAAGAGAUCCGCCCUACGCCAAAUAACAGGAAGUAUAUCUUUGAGCACAAAGGCACGCAGAGGAUAAUGGUUAUUAAUAACUGUCAGAUGAACGACGACGCUGCCUAUUCAGUCGUGGCAGGGGAUGAGAAAUGCACUACUGAGCUUUUUGUGAAAGAAUUGCCGGUGAACAUAUUAAAGGAAUUGGAGCCUGUGAAAACCACAGUGAACGAGAGAAUUGAACUGGAGUGUGAGGUCUCAGAGGAAGGGGCGAAAGUAAAAUGGAUGAAAAAUGGGGUGGAGGUCCCCACAGGGGUACGAUCACGCUACCGUGUAAAAUCUGAGGGGACCAAGCACUGGCUGAUCAUCGAUGAUGCUUCCAGAGAUGACACUGGCACAUACUCUCUGAUGGCCACUGGGGGCACCAGUCAGGCCCACGUCCAAGUUGACUUGAAGCCUCUAAAGAUUUUGCACGAUUUACAAGACAUGACUGUGUUGUUGGGUCAGCCUCUUAAUUUGAACUGUGAGAUCUACCCUGGGAAUGUUCCGGGCCGCUGGUUCAGGAACGGUCAGCUGAUCCAGCCUAAUGAACGCAUCAACAUUUUGCACAAAGCCAAGUAUCACAGUCUUGGUGUCGAGAGUUCAUCUAUUCACGAUGCUGGUGACUACACCUUUGUUCCUGAGGGAUACUCACAGACACUGUCUGCCAAAGUGCAUAUCAUUGAUCCUCCCAGGGUGCAUUUGGAGGCACUGAAUGUCCAGGACAACACUGUUACCAUUGUUGCUGGAAACAAGCUCCGCUUGGAGAUCCCCAUCAGUGGAGAACCAGCACCCAGAGUGGUUUGGAUGAAAGGAGAAAGGGUCAUCCUCGAUACAGGCAACAGAGUUCGUGCAGAGACAUUCACAGACAACACCUGCCUCACCAUUGAUAUCACUGAAAGAGAAGACACUGGAAACUACAAGAUCGUCCUUCAGAAUGAGGCCGGAGAGGACAUAGCAAGCAUUAAAGUCAAAGUUGUGGACAUCCCAGAUCCCCCUGAGGCCCCCUUGGUUCCUGACGUGGGUGGAGACUGGUGCACCAUGACAUGGGACCCCCCACGCUACGAUGGUGGUUCCCCCAUCCUUGGUUAUUUCAUUGAGCGAAAGAAGAAACAAAGCUCCCGGUGGAUGAGGCUGAACUUUGACCUUUGCAAAGAAACCACCUUCGAGCCCAAAAAGAUGAUCGAGGGUGUGCCGUACGAGGUGCGGAUCUUCGCGGUUAACGCCAUCGGCGUCUCCAAACCCAGUGAACCUUCCAAACCUUUCAUUCCCCUGGCUGUGACCAGUGAACCCACAAUGCUGGUGGUGGAUGAUGUCACAGACACUACAGUGACCAUGAAGUGGAGGCCUCCAGACGCUAUUGGUGCUGCAGGUCUUGAUGGCUACACAGUUGAAUACUGCAUUGAAGGAACUGACGAAUGGAUAUUAGCUAAUAAAGAGCUGACAGAAAAACUGAGGUACACUAUAACCGGUCUGCCAGUGGAGGCCAAGAUCCAAGUGCGCGUAAAGGCCAUAAAUGCUGCUGGGGCCAGUUCACCCCGCACCACCCAACACUCUAUUCUGGUGAAAGAGGUCAUUGAGCCUCCUAAGAUUCGCAUACCUCGACACCUGAAGCAGACACACGUUAAAAAAGUUGGAGAAGUUGUCAACCUCGUUUUGCCUUUUGUGGGAAAACCAAGGCCAAAGGUCACCUGGUUGAAGGAGGGUGAGCCUAUUGACCAGAGCAUCAACAUUCGCAACUCAGACUGCGACAGCAUCAUGUUCAUCCGCAAGGCUGAGCGCAAGCAUUCUGGCAAAUACGAACUGACCGUACAGGUGGAGAAACAUGUUGACACGGCCACGCUGGACAUCCAGAUAGUCGAUCUUCCAGGACCACCACAGGCUGUAAAAAUAGAGGAGGUCUGGGGGAAUAAUGUCGCAUUGGACUGGAGCCCACCAAAGGACAACGGCAACGCAGCCAUAACAGGCUACACCAUCCAGAAAGCUGAUAAAAAGACCAUGGAGUGGUACACGUGUAUGGAGCACUACCAUCGUACCUGCAUCACAAUCACAGAUCUGGUGGUGGGUAAUGAAUAUUUCUUCAGGAUCUACUCAGAGAAUAUGGUUGGAUCAAGCGAAAGUGCCACAGCUACUAAAGACAGCGCUCUCAUCGUGAAGGAAGGCCUGCUGCUGAAGAACCCAGAGUACAGCAACCGCGACUUCACUGAGGCGCCCAGUUUCACUCAACAUCUCAUCAACACCUUCGCCAUCGCCGGUUACAACGCCACCCUCAACUGCAGCGUGCGUGCUAACCCUAGGCCAAAAGUGGUCUGGAUGAAAAACAAGAUUCCCAUCAUAGACGACCCACGCUACCGCAUGUUCAGCAAUCAGGGCGUGUGCACGCUUGAGAUCCGCAAGCCCAGCCCGUUUGAUGGGGGCGUGUACACUUGCAAGGCAGCCAAUGACCUCGGAGAGGCUCAGGUGGACUGCAAACUUGAGGUCAAAGGAGGUUUUACGUUCUACGAGCUGAUGAAGCGAGGCGUCCCCUUACACCUCAUUGAUAAGUACAUGAAAGAGUCUAAGACCUCUGAGUCAGAGAAGAAGGGAUCCGAAUGAUGGCUGAUUCACCCAAUCAUUACUCAGAAUAUCUAUCACUACUGUCAAUAAUGGCACAUAUGUCUAAAUUCAGGCAUGGUAUGUUGUGUCCAGACAUGGAACUAUAGUUAUCAUAGAAAGUAUUUUUGUCACCAAUUUUGUCUGUAACUGUGGUAUCAUGUGUGGUAUGAGCUGUUUUAAGAAGUGCCAUUGAAUCUCAGAUGCAUGCCUUUAGUAAACUGGGUUUAGCUUUACAAUACACACAUAGACGUUAUACUGAUCGAAAGACAUAGAGCAUUCAGAUAUAGCACUGUUGUUCAUUUUUUCUGGGUUUAAAAGAAAAGGGUGGAUCGAAUUAGAGCACUAAUUUAGAUUUUGUUGAUUCUGUUUUUCUUUUAUUUCUCAGCUGUUUGAGUUUUUGCAACCCCUUAUCUUCAUUCUGUGGUGAAUGUACCGAAACUAUUCUCUGUGCAACUCUACAAUCACUUACUGUAGAUCUGAAAUAUCGAUAAUGUCCAUUUGUCAGAUUAGACAUCGGCAAGACAUCUAAUGCUGUGCUAGACUAAUAUGUCUUGAAAAUACAUACAGAUGUUCAAUUUAGCAUGACUGGGUUUAAUAAAUGUCUCUGUAUGAAGGAA